AUGGCGGACCAUCAUGAAGCAGCAUUCCUUUCAGGAUCGUCCCAUUCCUCCUUCUCAUCUUCGGGUUCUUCCUCUUGUGGAAAGAUUUCACCACAUCCAUCAUCGCUUGGUCUCCGUCGCUCCACAAUGGAUUUGAGUGACUUGGACUCAUCGAGCGGCCUUCUAUCACAAAAAGUAUCGCCAUCAAGGCAUUUUUCAAGCUCGAGUUCCCAAAUGCCUUGUUCGGGGGCAACCACUAGCACCAAGCAGGAACCUUACUCUGCAAGAAAACUUCCUUCAAGGCAGAAGUACGAAGUGAAACCAAAGUACCAUCGGGGAAUUGAAGCCAUUGUGCAAGAUACAUUCUUAGACACUCUACAAGUCAUUGAUGUAACAACUGCUUUCUCCAACCUGCUAUCAAAGUUCUUUGACAAGAAGAAACGCGAUGGUGAAAGUAGGAGCACGGACGAUGCUGCUCAUGCUACCAUCAAGAAUAACGAACGAUCUAACGAUGCUGAAGAGACAAAAUCUGAUGAUACUUAUUCUCCAUGCCAGAUCCAUAUCGCGAACACGUGCUCGGAUGGCGACUGGGAUCACUUUGCUGACUUUCAAGAUCGAAUUGAUGAAGAGGUCAUUACUUUUACCCCUUUUGCUACUGCGCAGCACAAAUCAAAGGCGAAGCUAGACACUCUGGAUGAGAUGGAAGAGGAGGAUGAAUGUUUCUCUUUUUGA